AUGCUGCUGGAAAAAUGCGUCUUCGCAUUUUUGCUUGCUGUCCCCGGACGAAUCCUCAACUCUAAACGUCUAGUCAUGGUUACCAAUGGGAACGAACAAAGCUACAGCGUCUAUGAAAACCCUUGGUAUCGUCGAUUUCCUGAUCCUAAGAAUCAGUUCAUCACUACUGUGAAAAACAACGGACGAAGCAAGAAUACUCUUCUCACCUACUAUUGUUCCGAGGAACUCACACCUGAUCAAAUCGUGCGAGAAGUCGUCCUAGGUCUACCUAGAAUCUGGUAUUCCUCGGAGUUAGGGUUCAGGAAGAAUAUAGCUUCUUACAAAAAAUGUUGGGAAUUUAUCAAGGAUACCCUCGAUAAACCCGGUCCAGAUGCCAAGCCUAUACAACAAAUAGUACUGGAAUAUCUAGAAAGUCAGAAGCGCUGCACCGCCGAGCAAGUCGCCAGUCUAGCUUCCGAAGGAUACGUUCGUGUUGGCGGAGAAAAUAGUUGUAUAGCGCCGUUUCUAAAUAACAACGCGCCCUUGAUAGAAACAAAUGAUAAAUUCCAGCUGGAUAGAAAUCUAUGGAGAGGUGAAGCUUACCUUGGAAAGAAAAAAACUGGUAAAAAGACAAUGGCGCUGGCCUGGUUCCAAGGUCAUCUACACCUUUUCAGGAUCGAUGAGAAUGGUUCUAGCUGGCACCUGUUGACGAGCGUUGGACAAGAGGCAUAUAACGGAAAAUUUAUUCAUGAUUUCAUCAAAAGCGAAUAUACACACGUCCUUGAUCAAAAUCCCCCCAAAGAAUCAAAGCCAGCAGCGUCUACUACGGAUGUUUCUCCCCCACCACGAAAAUCAUGGUGGUUUGGUAGACGACGAAGUGGACAGAUAGAGCUACCUCCGUACAAUUUAAUUCCUAGCUUACCAAUGGAAAGAGUAGGAGGGACUCUGAUAUGCGAUGUAAAACAGGCGAAUAUGCCGGACAAAGUGGAGCCCAAGAAAACGAUAUUAAAAAUGCCUUUCUCAGAUAGAGGGAAUAAGAAACAGGUCACUCCUUUGCCUUGA